AUGAGUCAACACCACGAGGAAGCCCAAUUUCCACUUGUUCCUCCCCGCCAACAACGAGGGACGCAAUUACAGCAACAACCAACGGUGACUAGUGAUUCUGCCGUACAAGACCAUAGAGAUGUCAAUGUUCAACAGUCGUUGGACCGUCAGUUUAACACUGCACCCGGCAUCGGUCAGAGAGAACUCGUCCCCCCUCCCGCCAAACGGCAGCGCCUCUCCGAGGAAAGUUCUCCGCCUGUGGAUUUUUCGUCUGUUGGCUCUUUUCUCUAUUCAACAGAACAUGGUCCUUCUUCCUCCCCCCAUGCACCCACAAGUUCUCAUUUUCCUUCUUUGGAUUCGUCUUCCUCGGAGGCCCCAACACCCCGACAAUCCACAAAUACCCCCAUGAACGUUAACCCUCAAUAUCUUCCCAGUGUUUCUCCCAUUCUACAUAAUCUUAAAACACCCCAACCUUCCGCUCCCCAGGGGAUUCUCCCUUCUCCUGACAGUCGUGUCCCAACGGUCUCUCCCGUUUCCGUUGGGGACUCUGUUACGGAUCGCGCCGAGCCCAAUAUGCCGGCUUAUCAGUCUUCCCGUCCAUAUGUUCCCUUGCAACAGAAAACGUCGCUUCCUUCUGGUUAUCAGCAAAGUCAAUCAUCUCCCUCUUUGGUUCAACGAACCAGUACAACAGCAGCAACAGUUACAUCAACAACAACAGUUACACCAACAACAGCAACAGUUACACCAGCAGCAGUUACACCAGCAGCAGUUACACCAGCAACAGCAACAGUUACACCAACAACAGCAACACCAACCGUUACACCAACAACAGAUACAGCAACAGCAGAAGUUACAACAACAGCAGCAGCUACAACAGUUACAACAGCAACAACAUUACAACAGCAACAACAGUUACAACAACAGAUGCAACAACAGCAACAGCUUCAACAGCUGUUCUUGCUCCAGCAACGACAGCAACUGCAGCAACAACAAGAUCAGCAGAUUCAGCGAUCUUUUAGGAGUCCGUCGCAACAAAACACUGAAGGUUCUUCUCCCACUCCACCACUUCAACCAUCCAGGGCAGAAGCGUCAACAACAGAAUCAAGUGGAUUAAGAAUCGAUACACGUUUUCCGUUUCUGGUCAGUGAAGUCAAACGCACAAUUGAAGAGGGACGGGCGGUAUUAACAGUCCCUGGUGCCCAUCAACAAAACUCUCUGGGUCAAGAUUCUGUACUUUCUCUUCUACUUCAUCAUGACGCGUCUCUGAUAGAAAAGUUGCGAAUGGCAUCAAGAGAUUCGGAAAGUGCCGUGAAGCGCGGGACUCUACUUCAUCGAUUGCACCGUGAAAUCGAUCAGCUUGAAUCUGCGCUGAUGCUUGAAGAGAAACAGGAAGACACUCCGACGUCUAUGGAAGCACCACCCGCGCCAGUUAAAACAUUCAAUACUUGGUUCGAGUUGUAUGAUGAUUUGAAGAGACAACGGUUGCUAAGAAUGAAGUCUCCAUCUUUUUGGAAGGAGGAGCAAAAACAAUUGAAAGAUCAAACUGACGUCCCUGUUGCUGCCGACAUGGCGGAAAACGGACUGGGUCAUGAACGUCUAGAGGCUGCUCUCGGCAAAACCGAUGAUUCUAAAUCGAAGCGACCCUCCCGUCGUCGUUGGGCGAGACUAGCGGAGUUUCAGAAUUACAUUAGAACUCAAGUGACGGUCCAUCACUCGAUUGCGAGUGCGUCUGCUUCGUCUUUUGGACCAGACGACCCUCGAAGUUCUGUUGUUUCCCAUUUGCCUCCGCAAAUAUCAAUUUCAUCGCGAGAGGGAAGAAAAACGAAAUUGCUAGGCCGUCUUCGAACUGAAUCCCAGAUGCUCUUGAGGGAUUUGGAUGAUCGAAAACGCGCGAGGCUUGAUUUUCUUAAAGAGGUGGUACGACAUCGUAAUCGUUUUGUAGACUUUCAUGCAAGAAACGUGAAACUCACAAAAAGAGUUGCAUUGAAUCUGAGUCGACAGCUCGCAGCAAGAGAGCGAAAAGAUUUGAGUUCUGAGGCUCAAUUUCAGAGAGAGCGUUUGGCGGCGUUGCGGGCGAGAGACGAAGUUCAAUAUAUGAAGCUUUUAAGAGAAACGAAAAAUCAGCGCUUAUUAGAAUUGGUCAAACAAACAGAAGACUAUAUGAAUCAACUUGGAACUCUCGUAAGGCAACAUCGCGACGAGCAACAGCGUAAUGGAAGAACGGAGGAAGCUGCAAAUGACGCGAAGGAGGAAGAAGACGGUCCUUCAUACGAUGCUUUAAUAGCAGCGAAAAAUCGAUACUUCGAACUCACCCAUUCAAUUCAAGAGGAAGUCGUUGUUCCCCCAAGCAAUUUGAAGGGAGGACAAUUGCGAGAGUACCAAUUAAAGGGAUUGUCAUGGAUGGUAUCCUUGUAUAACAACAAUCUCAAUGGAAUCCUCGCGGAUGCAAUGGGUUUGGGUAAAACCAUACAAACAAUUUCGCUACUUGGUUAUCUGCAUGAAGUGAAGGGCACAAAGGGACCGUUUUUGAUCGUGGCGCCCUUAUCGACGCUCCAUAGUGGCUGGGUCGCUGAAUUCAAGAAAUGGCUCCCAUCAUUUCAUGUUGUAAUUUAUGAUGGAUCCAAGGAUCUUCGUAAAAGCCUGCGUAUGAAGUAUUUUGGCACGUCCAACGAUGCUGGUGUUGCCUUCAACGUAUUGUUGACAACAGACGCAUUCAUUAUGAAAGAUGCAACACACUUGAAAAAAAUAAAUUGGGAGUAUUUGAUAGUCGAUGAAGCUCAUCGGCUUAAAAAUCCGCAAUCCAAAUUGGUUCAAGUACUAACAGAUAAGCGUGCCGGUCGCGGGUUUCGAGUGAAGAGACGUUUAGCGUUGACGGGAACUCCGCUUCAAAAUGAUUUACAAGAAGUUUGGGCUUUGCUGAAUUUUUUGAUGCCGACAAUAUUCAACUCGUCGGAAACUUUCAAACAAUGGUUUAAUGCACCGCUAUCGCAAGCUGGGUCUCAACACCAGGUUGAUAUUACGGAAGAGGAACAGCUUCUUAUCGUUGACCGUCUACAUAAAGUUCUUCGGCCAUUUCUCUUACGUCGAGAGAAGAAGGAAGUCGAGAACGAGGUUCCUCAGAAGCAUGAGGAAGUUCUUUGGUGUCCGAUGUCCGGACUUCAGCAAGAACUCUACAAAGUGAUUGAGUCUAGAGAAACACCAAAUGGUGCAUCCGUCGCCUCGAAUGUUCUCAUGCAAUUGAGGAAGGUGUGCAAUCAUCCGUAUCUAUUUUGUCCCAAAGGCCCAGCUGGACCAGAAAUUCCAAGUCAGUUGAAUGCCGAUGAAAGUUUGCUACGGGUCUGUGGGAAAUUCUGGGUUCUUGAUGACGUUCUGACUAAAUUGAAAGCAACUGGCCAUCGCGUUCUCAUUUUCUCUCAAAUGGUGAAAUUGUUAAAUAUUCUGGAGGUCUUCCUCUCCCUUCGUGGUUGGGCAUUUCUACGCCUGGAUGGUUCAACAUCUAGUGAAGAUCGACUGACCCGAUUGUCUCUCUUCAAUCAACCGAAUUCGCCCUAUUUUAUAUUCUUGUUGUCGACGAAAGCGGGCGGUUUGGGUGUCAAUCUUCAAACAGCUGACACUGUGAUCAUAUACGAUUCUGAUUGGAACCCGCAAAAUGACGAACAAGCGCAAUCCAGAGCGCAUCGAAUCGGGCAAACGAGGGAAGUUCUGAUUCUUCGGUUGAUUACAGCUGAUACGGUCGAAGAAAGAAUUUUAACUGCGGCGGGAAUUAAGCUUGAUAAGGACGCUUUGGUGAUUAAGAGCGGAAUGUUUUACGAUUCUCAUCAUGAUCUCGAAGACGAGCGGAGGAAUAGAGUGAAAGCCGUCUUGUCAAAAAAAAAUCAACGGCAAUCCGCGACAUUUUAUGAGCACGGCGUCGUGAACAGAAUACUCGCUCGAACUGAAGAAGAGUUGGCCGUUUUUAGCAAAGUCGAUAAGAAACGAAGAUUGCUGGGCCUCGGCGGUCUGAUUCUUCAAUCUGGUUUUCCACCAAUUUUGAAUCGGCUGAGUCGUAAUCCGAGCCAGACGAGUGCAAAUGAAUGGAGGGCAGCAUAUGCACAGGAUUGUCCAUGGGUUGCUAAGAAUCGAGAUAUCAUCACAGCAGAAAAGGAUUCUCCCGAAAUUCUUUCCACUAAGAAGUCAUUGAUAAACAAGAACGUGUUGAGAGCGAUUUCGGAAAUUUGUUCAAAUGCAAAUCGAGAUGUAUCAGCAGCCUCCGUUAUCCCAUUUAUCAACGUUCCCAACUCCGUGGACCAUCCAACCUACGCUGAUAUCAUACAGCAACCAAUGUGCCUUCAGCAUAUAAAGACGUUUGCCGAAAGACAAAACUUCUCAUCCCUUGUGUAA